AUGCCUCGAAACACAGCCAAACACUCCUCGUUGCCCCAAAAUAAUUCGCCUCUCUCAUCCCUCGAAUCGUCUUUUUUCGACUCCCUGGAUGAACUAGCAAGCUGGGAAAAACGGAUCCACGAAAAGUCAUUCGAGCUCGACGACCUCAAAAAACCCACUGAAAAGCUCGCACACUAUACAAGAGCAAGACAGCAAGGCACGUCAGAAGAUGUUAAGCUUCUAGUUUGUCAUGAUCUAAAAGGCGGCUACCAGACCAACGAAGACGACGACCCGCUGGGAUACUUCCCCCAUCCAGACGGCCAGCGUUACUUCCUUCAGUACCCGCAAUUGGUCGACAAAUUUGUGUAUUUCUCUCAUCAUCGCAUCAGUAUCCCGCCGGUGCCCUGGAUUAAUGUGUGCCACCGAAACGGGAUCAAAUGUUUGGGUACCGUCAUCUUUGAGGGUAACACGUAUCGCGAUUUUGAGGAGGCCGAUAAACUGCUCACAAGGCAAGACGCAGAGUUUGUUUUUGUCAGAUGUCUAGUUGCGCUGGUGGAGUAUUUCCAGUUUGACGGCUAUCUUUUCAACAUUGAGACAAGGUUUAGCAAUACGCGAAUAGCCAGUCUUUUAGAACCCUUUUUAGAACAAUUAAGAGCCGAACUUCAUGUGAGAAAUUCUUCAACAGAGCUGAUAUGGUACGACUCCUACAUUUACCCAGAAAAUAGGGUUUUAUACAAAAAUGGCGUUACCGAGGCCAACCACAACUUUUUCUCGUGCUGCGAUUCCUUCUUCACCAACUACUGGUGGAACGUGAAGCAUCUACAGGAUAAUAUCAAGAACGUUGGUGUUUUGGGGUCCCGCCUGAAGGUCUAUGUCGGCUACGACGUAUGGGGAAGGGGCACGAUGAUAGGUAAAGGAGGUUACGAUUCGGCACUGGCAUGUCAGAUGAUCAAAAAGUACCGCUCCAAUGUCGCUCUGUUUGCUCCUGCUUGGACAUAUGAAUACUUGGGUCGAAAAGAUUUUGCUCGAAAUGACACUCGAUUCUGGACAGGUCUUUUCGAUGGUGAGUCUUCCAUGGCAACCACUUUCAAGCCUUAUAGCUCGCCGCUCUAUAAGAUCAACGACUCCAAUUUUGUUUUUUACACCAACUUUGGAUCUGGAGAGGGCCGUGGGUUUUACGAGCGCGGAGAAAAAGUGUAUCACGACAAUUGGGUUAAUGGAUCACUGCAAAUGGAAAUUCCCUUUAAUAUACACAAGAGAAAUAAAAAUGGAAUACAAUGGACGUUGUCAAAAGAAGACUCGUUUCAUGGUGGUUCCUGUGUGGAGAUUGAAUACAAUGAAGUCGUAGACGAUAACGGCUACCAGGUAUUCAACAACCAGACUAUCAACUCGUUCUCAUUGUUUUCAUUUGUCCAGGAUUGUUCUUUUCCAACGAUUAACGUGAAAUUGACCUACAAGCUGAAUCACAAGACAAAGUCUUUUUUCAAGCUGAAAAUUGGCUAUUACAUUGAACGGCGUUACAGAACUGUUCAGAAAGUUAGAAGCGGAUGUCUGGUGAUUCCAUUAUUCUCGACGAAUGAUCAAUGGUUCACCACGGAAGAGCCGUUCCAUGUGAGUUUGCAGAAUUCACAUGAGUUCAUAGUCCUGGAUUCGGCUACAUUAUUCUACGAGGAGACAGAAGAUCCGUUUAUGCGCGCGCAUGUUGUUGAAGAUCAGUCGGCCUCAAGUGUUAUUGACAACGAGGAGUACGAGAAGCUCAUGAACAGCGAGAUUUAUUUUGAUGACGAGGAUGAGGACUGGAUUCUCGUCCCUUCUGAUAUAUCAAUGGAAUCAACCGAUAACGGGGGAAGAGAAGGUCAUACAUGGAGAGUAAUCAGCAGCCCAAUACGCAAAAAACACCCAAAAGCCCAUGCUUCCACAUCGCCUGUACUAAAGCUAGGAGAGCUCGCGAUCAUAAAUGCCAAUGACUACCCGUCAGAAACUUUUUUCAAAAUACUGCCAGUAAACUCCGUUGAUGUCAGGCGGUGGGAAGGUAAAAUAUUGCUAAUAUGGAAAACCAAUCAGGACUCAGUUCUUUACCAUAUAAUAUUUGUCGAUGAUGUGUUUCAAGGCAUAUCGUUAGUGCCCAAAUUCGUCUUUGAAGAUCGAGCGGUUGAUGAAAAGAGCUCCAAGACGCAACCUGGAAGCGCUAUGAAAGUGAGAAUUGAUACCGUCAACAGACUUGGAGUACUUGUCAAAGGUACUGAUAUGUACAUUUGA